AAUGCGUGGAUCAUUAAUAUCUGCACCAUAUUUACAUUAUUUAGUCAAAAAUAAAUCCAAAAUCAAAAUUGUCAAUGUAAUCAUGACAGAUCAUCAUCAUAACAAAGAAGAAAACAAUAAAUUUCUUCAUGCUCAUAGAAUUACUUUAGACUAAUCUACACUUAAUUUAAUAGAUAUUACAGCAACCCCAGUUCCAGUACCUCGUAAAUUACCAACCUAAAAGACUUUUGAGAAAUUUAUUCAAGAGAAUUAAUAUGAUCAUCUCACUCCAAUUGUAUUUUUUGAUGAACAUAUUCAUUUCGCAGCUAGAGCUUGGUAUACUUUUAGAUAUUUUGGAUUCAAAAGGGUUUAUGUCUUAGAUGGUGGAUUUAAUAAAUGGCACCAUCAACAUGACACUGAUAAACAUGAAAGCAAAGUUUUUGAGGAUUUGAAUUUGUGUAUGUUUAGUGUUUAUUUUAAGAGGAUUAACCUAAGGAUUAAGUUACAUCAUUAACAACAAAAGAUGUAUAAGUGAUCUCCUAUCUUAAACAACAUAAGGACACAAAAGGUGAUGAUUGGCUACUUUUAGAUGCCAGAGAUCCACCAAGGUAUAAAAAGGGAUCUAUACCUGGAUCUUAUAAUUUACCCUAUACAGAAUAUUUGAAUGAUGAUCACACAAUGAAAUCUACAGAAAAUUUACAAAAGCUAUACAAAAGUCAUUAAAUUGAUAUUACCAAGAAAAUUGUUAACACUUGUCAAACAGGGAAAUUAAGUUGCAUUGCACUUCUAGCAUAAGAAAUUCUGAAGAAAAAAGAGUAAUAACAAAUAUAUAUAUAUAUUUAGAUUACUUUUAUUUGAUGGGUCAUAUGAAGAAUGGAAUCAUGAACAUCCAAUUAAAUAAUGAAA